UCUGAGUUGAAGCCCUCCCUAGGCUACAGAGGGUCCCGAGCAGCUUAGGGAGACCCAACCUACACACAAAGGCAAAUAAGGUCAUUGUGGUAGGUGCUUGCCUGGCUCACUCUCCAGUACCAACCACAACAGGAAAAAAGGCUGAAAAAACGCAGCUCAUGCCAGGUGGUAGGUACACCGGGCGGUGGUGGCUCAUCAUGCAUGCCCAACCAUGAGAAAGAGUGCCUUUAUGCUUACACAUACUUACACAUAUUACUCGUUUGUGCAUGUGUGUGUAACACAUACAGAGAAUAUUGUGUGCAGAUUAGAGGAACGAGUCUCUCACCCAGAAAGAAUACUGCUGUGGUGGGGGCCUCACUUUGUACUUAUAUUACAGUAUUUGAUAAUGAGAAGACACCUGUCUUGGGAAACAAGUUGGCAGUCAUCGGGAAUCUGCCAUUAUCUCCUGGGGAUGGAUGUUGGGUAACCAAGUCAUGCUCCUGCCUUUCCUGAAGAGGUGACAGGUCGAUGCCCUUGGGGUCAGAACACACCUCUACUUCAGCACUCACCUUUCAGCCUGGUGGGUCAUUGGGCCCCACGCAUCUCUGAGACUUCGUCGCACACUUAAGUUAGGAGUUAAGUAACAGGAGUCAGGAUAGGAGGUCCUCGACAGCUCUUGAGCAUUUCCCAGCAGGGGUGGACCCCUCGAAGUGAUCCCCCCCUGUGGCUCUACUGGUUCCUGCUGGGCAGGAGUAGCUGCCAGGAGAGCUCGGCUAGUGCAGCCCACCCCGGUGGAGAACGCCCCGCCCCAUCAGCGGCGGGCCCCGCCUUCAGCUUCAAAGCCUACUUAGCGCUGGAAGUGCCUCCCAAACUGGUCUUCCGCUGGACCCCAGAAGGCGCACUAGCCCAGGAGACCACGACCUGACCUGAGUUCCACUGAGUGCUCCCGGAUCUCCCAACAGACCCCAGCCCCGCCUGCUGUCUCUAAAUCCGAGACCUGUGCCACAACAGACUCAGCCCAGCCCGCCAUGGCCCAGUUCCUGAUGGUCACGGUAACCCUCGGUUGCAUCAGCCUCCUCUACCUGCUCCCGGGCACGCAGUCUGGCAGCCUGAGCUGGGGACUGAAGCUUUCCAGACCCAGAGAAUCCCCAGCAAAGAUUCCUUCCAGUGGCCUGCAGCCUGGACACUCUUCACUCCGGCCUGUAGUUUGGAAGCCUCAUCAUGCCCCCCAGCCACAGGGAAGGGGCAACCCGACCCUUGCUAUGGUUCAUCUGCUUCAGGGUGCGGGCUCACGACACCCAGGUCCCCAGCGACACUUGGAACCUCGAAGACCUCAUGCCCAGCUUCUGCGGGUGGGCUGUGUCCUGGGCACAUGCCAAGUGCAGAAUCUCAGUCACCGCUUGUGGCAGCUGGUCCGGCCAGCUGGCCGGCGAGACUCAGCUCCUGUGGAUCCCAGCAGCCCCCACAGUUAUGGCUGAGGUGGGUCCUGAAUGGUCCACCUGGAGUGCUGUACUCUAAUCCCAGAGCUGCAGCCUGGCCCAGGUCUCUGGAGCUCCUGCUGGCAGCGAUUCCUCAUGGCUUUGGAUACUGUAAACCUAAACCUCUGAGGAUAUGUGGAUCUAGACGCUGCACCCUCAGGGGCCUGUGCCUCCCAGAACUGUGCACACUCGGGGAACAGGUGCUUGGCCGGAGUGGCAACAGUAUCUCAAGCCACAGAAAACUUGAAAGGAGGAGCGUGUCUAAAGAAAAAGCUAGAGUCUUAAACAUAGCCCCUCCCACAACCAAGCAGGAGAAAGGCUA